UAUACUUUUCGAUUUAAAAUCUUGUUUGCACGACCGCAAGAAUAGUACUGUGUUUAUAAAAGUGACAUUGAUAUAAAGUGAACGGUUACUCCCAAAACCGUAGUAUGGAAAAUAGUGAACAUUGUAUUUAUAAAUGUCAAAAGCGGACUAAAUGUAUUAAGCACUUUAAGUUUAUUAACAACGUUAGUGUCUUCGAAAAAUUUUUAAGAAUUACUUAUGACUUUCUUCAAGACGCACAUAGCUUUCAGAAGCGAUUCAAUUGUGAAAAAUCAAUUGCGCCAGCAUGGUUUGUGCUUGGUUUAACAACAAUGAAGAAAACAUGUUUUGCGUCCUUUAUUAUAUUUAUCCUCAUUGCCGAUGGCGUAAACGGAAUGUCCGUUGAGGAAGCAAAUAAAUUAUCGGCUCCGUCUCCAAAAAAUCCAAGUUCACGUUCACGGCGGAUCGUAACAAGUUCAUUUAGAAUUGUGGGUUUUCGUUUGGAAGACGACACAAUAGAGGCAACAAAUGGAAUACCAAGUGUUUUAGUAAACGAAGAACGAUUUGUUCGAGUUUUCGGUAGCGGACUUCAAAAAAAUACUGCGAUAACUUUCACUGAUGAAAACAAUGAUUAUGACGGCCCAUGUCUAAAGCCAGCUACUGACCUAUUCACACCUAUCGAAGUGGCUAGCGACGGCUUUUCAGCGACUUACUCAGUAAAGUUUCCCUCAUUUAUAGGCGAAUUUUAUAUAUGUGCAAAAACGGCCGAGGAAUCAACAAAUCAUAGCAAAGCCGCAACCACAAUGCCUUUGGAACAUCAAGGAAACACAGAUUGUCUAAAAAUUAAAACGCACGAAUUAUUAUUACCUGUGUGGCUGGCAAUAAUAAUAAUUAUUACGUGCCUAGGCUUCUCGGCUCUUUUCUCAGGACUUAAUUUGGGAUUAAUGUCUAUGGACCGCACGGAAUUGAAGAUACUGCGGAAUACAGGCACGGAACAAGAAAAAAAAUAUGCGUCGAAAAUUGCACCUGUUAGAGAUCAAGGUAACUAUUUAUUGUGCAGUAUUCUCUUGGGUAAUGUGUUGGUUAACUCAACAUUUACCAUUCUGCUGGAUGGUUUAACCUCUGGAUUGUUUGCUGUUAUAUUUUCAACAUUGGCUAUUGUACUAUUUGGUGAAAUAACGCCUCAGGCUGUUUGUUCAAGGCAUGGACUGGCUAUUGGAGCAAAGACCAUUUUAAUAACAAAAACCGUAAUGGCUAUAACAGCACCAUUGUCCUAUCCAGUUUCUUGUAUUUUGGAUAAGUUAUUAGGCGAAGAGAUUGGUAAUGUUUACAAUCGCGAACGCCUAAAAGAAUUAGUUCGUGUUACUAAUGAUGUAAACGAUCUUGAUAAAAAUGAGGUCAACAUAAUUUCUGGAGCUUUAGAGCUACGAAAAAAAACUGUAGCUGAGGUAAUGACGCAUAUAAAUGAUGCCUUUAUGCUAUCUUUAGAUGCACUGCUUGACUUUGAAACUGUAUCUGAAAUUAUGAACUCUGGAUAUUCUCGUAUACCAGUUUAUGAUGGAGAUAGGAAAAACAUUGUAACUUUACUUUACAUUAAGGAUUUAGCUUUCGUUGAUACCGAUGAUAACACGCCUUUAAAAACUCUUUGCGAGUUUUACCAAAACCCAGUUCAUUUUGUUUUUGAAGAUUACACUUUGGACAUUAUGUUUAAUCAAUUUAAAGAGGGAACAAUAGGUCAUAUCGCAUUUGUCCAUCGAGUUAAUAAUGAAGGAGAUGGAGACCCUUUUUAUGAAACUAUCGGGUUGGUUACUCUGGAAGAUGUAAUUGAAGAACUGAUUCAAGCAGAAAUCGUUGAUGAGACGGAUGUUUUUGUUGAUAACCGUACCAAAACCAGACGAAAUCGAUAUAAAAAAGCUGACUUUUCUGCUUUUGCCGAACGCCGUGAAGUGCAAGCCGUCCGGAUAUCUCCUCAAUUAACUUUGGCUACUUUCCAGUAUUUAAGCACUGCUGUGGACGCCUUCAAAAAAGAUGUUAUUUCGGAGCCUAUUUUGCGAAGAUUACUUAAUCAAGACGUUUUUCACAAUAUUAAAACAAAAGGAAAAAGUAAAGAAGACCCAAGUCUUUACAUUUUUACCCAAGGAAAAUCUGUCGAUUUUUUUGUACUUAUCCUGGAGGGCCGAGUUGAAGUCACAAUUGGCAAGGAAGCUCUUAUGUUUGAAAGUGGCCCUUUUACUUAUUUUGGGACCCAAGCCUUGGUGCCAAAUGUUGUUAUCGACUCUCCAACACAAAUGGGUUCUUUGCAGUCUUUAAACAUGGAUUCCAAAAUUCGACAGUCCUUUGUACCUGAUUACUCCGUUCGUGCUAUAUCAGAUGUAAUAUAUAUUGCGAUUAAAAGGGUUCUGUAUCUUACGGCCAAGAAAGCUACAUUGUUGGAAAAGAGUCGUAAAUCAGGAACAUUUUCAAUUGAAACAUUUGACGACGAAGUUGAACGUUUGUUGCACUCUAUAACAGAGGAUGAAAAGCCGAGAUUCCUUGCAGCGAACCAAAGUACGAGGCGCCUAUCUAAGCCCCUUCAAAGUGUCAAUUCUUCCCCUACGAAUAUCGACAUAUGUCAUGAUGGGAUAAACAAUAUUGAAUCGUUUCAAGACGGCCAACAAAUUAGAAACCCUAAAAAUGCGGAUAACUCAUCAAUAAGUAGUUUCGUUGCUUCGGAAGUCGAAGUACUUCAAAAUGACACAGACAUGAAAACCGCUUCUAUACCUCUGUUGCCGAAGCUAGAAGAGAAAUAUGAUAGUAGGGAAAAUAAGCCAUUAUAAUCGCAAAAACUUAAAAUGGAAAAUAUACAAAUUUUCAGGAAUAUUUGUACAUGUUCGUAAAAAAACUAAUACUUAUUUUUCACAAAUAUAUUUAACUUUUUUGAAUUAUCAGAUAAUUAGGUCUUACAACAAGUGUUAAAUAUUAUGUUAUGUUAUAUAUUUGUAUCAGUCUACAAAAGGUAACAAGAAAAAUACAUUUUUUUUAUUUUCCUUAUAUAAUUUAGUCAGAAUUACUUCUAAUAUCACGUACUUAAAAUGUUGAUUGAGAGUUGUCUUCUAUUUCUCCUACCUUUUUCACCAAUUUUCGUUAAAGUCGAUUCAAUAUUAGCUGAGUUCUUUGUCAUAGUAUUUAACAGCCUUCUUGAACAUAAAAAUUAUUUGCUAUAACUUAAAUGUGUUUAUGAAUACAGCCAAAGUGGUGAAAUUUUCUUAGCUAAUCGUUUAGACUUGCUAAACUGGUAAAAUAAUGUGACUUGCUUUCUUUAAUAAACAAAAAUAAAAAAAUGCUGUUUUUAUUCAAUAGAUAA